UUGCCUGCUCAGGACUCUGCCCAGCCAGGAAGUAAACCUACAGGAGGAAGAAUGGCCGCCGGGUGGCUGACAGCCUGGUCACAGAUCUGAAUAGGACCAAAAGAGUCCUCACAACCUAACUGCAAAGAUCAAGCCAACCAUAUUUUAGAAAAGCUGUUAUGACCAUGACCCUAAAUGAGAUGGCCCAGGGAGUAAGAUUUAAAGAAGAGAGCUCUGAGAACUCAGCUUUAAGGCAAAUAACAGAAGGCCUCUGAUGCAUGUGAGCUUCCAAUGCCCUGGGUCUCCUCUCCAGUCUUGUCAGCCUCACCCACCAUUCUCCUGGUACAUAGUCGAAAAUGGACAUCAGCUGAGCCAGACUAUGUAUGUGAUGUUUUAGAACUCAGUGACCUUCCAGGAAGUGGCAGUGGACUUUUCCCAGGAGGAGUGGGCAUUGCUGGACCUUGCUCAAAAAAAUCUAUACAAAGAUGUGAUGCUGGAGAACUUUAGGAACCUGACCUCAGUGGGGUAUCAGCUCUGCAGACACAAUCUGAUCUCCAAGGUGCAUCAAGAAGAGCUGAAGACAGAUGAAGGAGGAAUUCUACAAAGUGACAGUGCAGAGUGGGAAACUCAACUGAAAUCCAAAGAUGUGAUUGCUAUGCAAAACAUUCCUGGGGGAAAAACAUCUAAUGACAUAAAAAUGGCACAAACUCAACCUGGUAAGAACCCCCUGGCGUGUAACCAUUGUGAGAAAUUCAGAAAGAACACUCACUUUAUUUGUACAAGAUAUUGCAAGGGAGAGAAAUUCUAUAAAUAUACCAAGUAUGGCAAAGUCUUCAGCCAUCCCUCAACUCUUAGGAGUCAUGUGAACAUUCACACUGGAGAGAAUACUCUUGAAUUUACUGAUUGUGGAAAAGCUUUCAAUCAAGAGUCAUCCCUCAGGAAACACUUAACUCCCACAGGAGAGAAUUCUCAGGAGUAUGAUCAAUGUGAUAUGUCCUUCAGCCUACACUCUUCCUUCUCGGUACGUGAGCAAAUACCUAAUAGAGAGAAAGGCAGUGAAUGCAGUGACUGUGGCAAAAGCUCUCCCCUUAGUGUCCACACAAAGACUGGUAGUGUACAGGAGGGUUUGGAACAUAAUGAACAUGAGAAAACUUUAACUGACCCUUUGUCCCUUCAGAACUAUGUCAGCACUCACACUGGAGAGAACCCCUAUGAAUGCAGUGACUGUGGGAAGGCCUUCAUUUUUCAGUCUUCCCUUAAGAAACACAUGAGAUCUCAUACUGGAGAGAAGCCAUAUGAGUGUGAUCACUGUGGAAAAUCCUUUAGCCAGAGCUCUCAUUUGAAUGUGCACAAAAGAACUCACACUGGAGAGAAACCCUAUGACUGUAAGGAAUGUGGGAGGGCUUUCACGGUUCCUUCAUCCCUUCAGAAACAUGUGAGAACCCACACUGGAGAGAAACCCUAUGAAUGCAGUGACUGUGGAAAAGCUUUCAUCGAUCAGUCAUCCCUUAAGAAACACACACGCUCUCACACUGGAGAGAAGCCUUAUGAGUGCAACCAGUGUGGAAAAUCCUUCAGCACAGGCUCUUACCUUAUUGUGCACAAGAGAACUCACACUGGAGAGAAAACCUAUGAGUGUAAGGAAUGUGGGAAGGCCUUUAGGAAUUCCUCUUGCCUGAGGGUACACAUGAGAACUCACACUGGAGAGAAGCCUUAUAAAUGUAUUCAGUGUGAAAAAGCCUUUAGCACAAGCACUAACCUUAUAAUGCACAAGCGAAUCCACACUGGCCAGAAAUUAUAUGAAUGAAGUGACUACAGAAAAGUG